AUGGAUUAUUCGAAGUACACUUCAUGUGACCUUUGUGUAGACGACAAACUAACUUGUGACAAAUUAACCAGUGAUGACUGUCAAAGUAAGAGGGCAAUUUCAAGUGCGCCCUCUUCAAGAGGAGGAGAGAGAGGAGAGGAGGAGAGAGAGGAGAGGAGGAGAGAGAGGAGAGGAGGAGAGAGAGGAGAGGAGGAGAGAGAGGAGAGAGAGGAGAGGAGAAGCUCUAAUUCUCUAGUUUCAAUA